AUUGCUUCGUUACCCCUUUCCGCCGCUGCGCGCCUUCUUACCAAAUUGUUCUCCCGCUUCCAUAUUUACCCCACAGUGCCACUCUCUCUAUCACUGUCGCAGAACCCCCUCAAACCCUAACCCUAGCAACCCCAAUUCUCUUCAUCUCUCUGGCAAAGUCGGCUUUCGUUGAGCUUCUUCCUUCACUAUACUGGUGAAGUACCAAGUAAAUGCAAUGGAUAUGUCUGAUGCGGUGAUUGUCAAAUCAACUAGAUUAAAAUCUGUUGUGUGGAAUGACUUCGAUAGGAUUAAAAAGGGUGACAAAUGUAUUGCUGUGUGUAGACAUUGUAAAAAGAAACUCAGUGGAUCAAGUACCAGUGGGACAUCACAUUUGAGGAAUCAUUUAAUUAGGUGUCAGCGAAGAUCUAAUCUUGGCAUACCUCAACUCUUUGCAGCAAGAGAAAAGAAAAAGGAAGGAACUUAUUUAAAUUUGGAUCAAGAGCAGAAGAAGGAUGAAGCUUUUAACCUUGUGAAUAUCAGAUUUGAGCAAGAGCAGACCAAAGAUGACAUCAUUAACUAUGGAAGUGGUAACUUUGAUCAAAGGCGGAGUAGAUUUGAUCUUGCUCGAAUGAUUAUUUUACAUGGUUAUCCAUUGGAUAUGGUUGAGCAUGUUGGAUUCAGAGUGUUUGUCAAAAAUCUACAGCCAUUAUUUGAGCUUGUGACAUCUGAAAGAGUUGAGGCUGACUGUAUGGAGAUCUAUGGGAAAGAGAAGCAAAAGGUGAAAGACAUGUUGGGUAAAUUGCCUGGUAAGAUCAGCCUUACGGUGGAUAUGUGGGCGUCUUUGGAUGGUACUGAGUACUUGUGUUUGACAGCACACUAUAUUGAUGAGUCUUGGCAGUUAAAUAAGAAGAUUUUAAAUUUUAUUGUCGUUGAUUCUUCUCAUACAGAAGACAAGCAUUCAGAAAUUAUCAUGGAAUCUUUAAUGGAUUGGGAUAUUGACCGUAAUUUGUUUUCCAUGACAUUUGAUAGUUAUUCCACCAAUGACAAUGUAGUAUUUAGAAUCAGAGACAGGCUGUCCCAAAACAAGCUGCUUUCUUGUGAUGGUCAGUUAUUUGAUGUACGCUGUGCAGCAAAUGUUAUUAAUAUGAUGUCUCAGGAUGCUCUGGAAGCACUAUGUGAGAUGACUGAUAAGAUUCGAGGAAGUAUUCGGUAUGUCAAAAGUUCACAAGUAAUACAAGAAAAAUUCAACUCGAUAGUUCACCAAGUUGGAGGUGAGAGUAGGAGGUGCUUAUGCCUAGAUAAUCCAUUGCAAUGGAACUCAACAUAUGUUAUGGUUGAAAUUGCUUUGGAUUACAGGGACGCAUUUGCUCUUUUGCAAGAAAAUGACCCUGUCUACGCCAUGUGCCCGUCUGAUGUCGAAUGGGAUAGAGUGAACAUCAUUACUAGCUACUUAAAGCUCUUUGUUGGGGUUACCAAUGUUUUCACAAGAUUCAAGUCUCCAACUGCAAAUUUGUAUUUUCCUGAGCUUUGUGAAGUAUACUCGCAGCUGAAUGAGUGGUGCAAGAAUGCAGAUGAUUACAUUAGUUCUCUGGCUUUGAAGAUGAGAAGCAAAUUUGAAGAAUAUUGGAUGAGAUGUAGCUUGAGUUUAGCAGUUGCAGUCAUGUUAGAUCCUCGAUUCAAGAUGAAACCGGUAGAUUAUUAUUAUGCCCAAUUCUUUGGCAGUGGUGCUCCAGGCCGAAUUUCUGAUGUUUUUGAGUGUGUCAAAACACUAUAUAAUGAACAUUCAACCUGCUUAGCUUAUGUUGAUCAAGGUCUGGCUUGGCAAGUAGGUGGUAGUUCUCGCUUGCCUGGUUCUGGAAGGGACUUGAGGGAUAGGCUGACUGGUUUUGAUAAAUUUCUGCAUGAAACUACUGAGAUUGAUGGGACAAAGUCGGAUUUGGACAAGUAUUUGGAGGAGCCUCUCUUUCCUCGUAAUGCAGAGUUUGACAUAUUAAAUUGGUGGAAAGUUCAUGCACCUAGGUACCCUAUCCUAUCUAUGAUGGCACGCAAUGUGUUGGGAAUUCCUGUGUCAAAAGUUCCAAUAGACUCUACAUUCAACACUGGAGGAAGAGUGCUCGAUCGUGAUUGGAGUUCAAUGAACCCAGCUACCAUCCAAGCAUUGAUGUGUGCACAAGACUGGAUACGAAGUGAACUAGAAAGUUAAUUUAGGUCAGUUUUGGUUCUUUUAAUGACAUUAUCAGGAUUUACAUCGUUCCUGUAAUUCUGGUGCAAAUUGGGAAGCUAAAUUGUAUUGGUCUUCGUUUCA